CAAACGUCAGUACCGGUUGCCUACCGGUCAAAAUUUUUAUAAGAAUGAUCGGUCAACCGGUCGGUCCGGUCCGGUCUGCAUAUGUUCACCGGUAACCGGUGACCGGCCGGUACUGGUUAUGAUUUUGUUGACCGGUUGCAUCUCUGCACGAAAUGCCUUUCUGUUGUUGUCUUAGAAUACCUUUUGGUCAAAAUCAGUUUUUGCUAUCGUGUGAGGAUGAGAAAGUGCAAAAACGGUUUUUCUCGUGCUUUCUCACGUGGUGUGUUAAAUGCAAUCGAAAUUAAAGUUUCAAAGUUCUUCGUUUACUCUAGGUUUAAGUUUUAAACGUUGUGAAAUUUCGAGUGAAAUGAGGAUAUCUCUGAGGAUGUAUUGAGCUAACGGCCAUUAGCAAAACGCCCUUCCGUUCAUGGGUUCUUAGACGUUGAUGAGUCAUACAUCAGCUUUUUUUCGGCAAAUAGAUUUCUUAAAAUGUAUCUGUCAAAGACUUGUAAUCGACACCUAAGCUUACAAAGAAUUCAGUUUAUAACGGUACAGUUUGUCUUUUAGUAAAAGUCAGCUUAGAGACCUAUAAGUCUGAUGCAUGAGCUUUUGCUGAUAAAGUCCCAAUUUCCUACUUAUCUCAGUAAUUGUCAAUUUCUUUAUAUAUUGAAAAGAACACAAGAAUGGUGAUGAGUAUUGCUAAUUAUCAUUUAAAAAAGGAUAUUUUUUGUAAUGCUAAUACAAACGAGAAUAACGUUUUGAAAUAUAAUUUAGUAGAAACAUAACAACUAUUUAGACAUACAAAGAGGUUUAACUUCGGAGUUACAUAUGCUUAAAAGUUUGUAAACGUAGUAUGGUAAAGUGAGCUAAGACAGAUCAGUUAUAAAUACAUGGUGCUCUGUUUUAUAACACUUUGACUAAUAUUUUACUCACAUAUACGUCAAGGUCGCUAACUGAAAAUUUCGAGUCAUUGCAAAAACUUGCUUUUAUAAACGAUAAUUAGCGAUAUUCACAGCAAUAAAUCGCAAAACCUAAAAGGGAUCUCUCAAAAAAAGCACAUCAAUAUCAAUACAUUUAUAUAAAAAUUGUUUGAAAGUGAAAUGUUGUUUAACAGCGGAAUACAGGAAUAAUCGCCGAAUAGAGGAGCACAGGAAUAGUGAAACAGCGACCGACCGAUAGGAAUAUAUUUUGAAACGCUCGCUUAUCAAUUGAAUGAAAAGUAGUGCUCCAUUUAAAAAACUUUAGAUAAAAAGUGUAAGGCGAAUACGUAUAAAAUGUGCAAAAGCAAGUGUAUUUGAGGUAUAUUUCUUGUAGUAAAUGUAAAUAAAAACGUUCUCUUCUUCGUUUGCUGCAUUCUCUUAUUUAUAUGCUACAAUACUUGUUAUUUUAUGAAUAACGAAUGAAUUGAAAGUAUAUAUGUGAACCCAAACAUCAAAAAAUAAGUAUCGCCCGAUUCAUCUAGAUUAUUAGACUUUACCUGAUUGAAUUGUGUGCAUAUAUAUUUUGCAUUCAGUAUAGUACAACUGAGGAGAGAAGUACCCCAACUGAUAAAUCGCUUUUUGAACGAAACCUAGUGGACUAUAGGAUGUCGACGAUGCUAAUUCCGAAUAUCACCAUGACUGCUGCUGCCAGGCCUUCAAAGACUGGUUUUCUGAAAAACUAGUUUUCGAGAAACUUAAAGAACAAUCAAAAGCUUUCUUAAUGAGGCGCAUCGUCGACCACCUCACUAGGUUCGCAGCCGUAAGAACUUUUACACUUCUGACUUCGUUAAACACACGCUCGACAGUUACCGUUACUUGUAACUGGUCGUUAUCGUUACUUGUAACGGUAACUAACCGUUACCAAGAAUGGUAACCGAUCAACAGUUAUAGUCACUGUAAUGGUAAUGGUAAUUGCCACAACCCUAUACAUGACUAUUUGUCAUUUAGAUUGACAGUUGGAAAAGGGACUUUUAAGUAGAUGCGUCUCAUGUGCACCUAGCAAUAGUUAAAUCGAUCGAUUAUCGGGCGAUAAAUAGAUAAUUGCAUUGAGGAGAAAUCUAGCAAUCGCCCGAUUACUCGAUUUCCACUGUCGUUAUUAAAUAAUUGCAAUCGAAUAAAAAUAUAGUAAUCAAGAUGAAUCGGGCGAUGUUAGAUUUUUUUUAUGCUUGAAUUAGUUCUGAAAUUAUUAUUUUAGGUUUUCGCGGAGGCAUUAUGUUAAUUGCAACAGAACAGGAAAUUGAUCAUAUUAUAAGUUAAAAAUAGAACUGAAAAUUUGAUUAAUAAUAUAUAGUUGAUGUGAAAGACUCUUAUGAAAAUUGAUUAUGACGGAAUAUAUAUAAAGCUCGUGAAAAAUAUCAACGUGAAAUAAAAUAUGGAACGAUUAUUUAUAGAACUAAUUUACACCAAACUUUAGAAAUGUAGAGCUUUAAAUCUUGAUAUAAACAGUUUGUUUUUGUUCGUACUUUGAUCGGAGUGUCAUCAUGGUGAACAAAGUUUAAUCUCAAAACAGAGAAAAAGAAAAAAAAUGAGAAAGUCAAAAUACUUUAGUUGGUAUUUUUUUGUAAUAUUACCCUUUAUGUAGGAGCUAUUAUUUGUGGUACAUGAUAAAACAUGAGGCAGAUAUGUAAUUUUAUACUCGUAUAUUCUGAAUUAAAGCCAACGUUCUCUUUUAUGGUAAAUUAUAAUCUAUUAAUUAUUUUUUUAUUAAUCUUUUGUUCUUUAUUAUCAAUAACAGCUAAUAAUAAUGAUACAAAUACUGUUAUUAAUGCUGAAUAUGAGAGUCGUUUAUUAAAAUUACAAAAUACUAAAUGUAUUCAACCGUAUGUUAUAUUACAUCUAUAUUCUGGUAGAACAAAUCCACAAUGGCGUAUUAAUUUAAAUCAAUUGCGAACAAUUAAAUCAUUUAUUAAUCAAACAUAUCAUAUGUUAAAAGCAAAUAAAAAAAUAACAGAAAGAGUUCUUGGUUAUCAGGGUUUCUCUGUUCGUUGUCAGAAAACGGCAAAAGCAUCAGUAAAUAUUAAUGAUGAUGAUAAUGAUGAUAUAUUAAUUACUGGUUUAUCUAAAGUUGAAUACUAUUUAUUAUCAACUGGUCGUAGAUAUAUGAAACAAUCAACACUUGAACACGUUCAAAAACAUAUAGGCGAAUUUACAGUUAUACAACAAUCGAAAAUUAAUACUAAUAAUAAAAAUUUACAAUCAAAUUCAAUAUGUAAUCGUACACCGAUUGUGGGACCGGAUACUGUUCCUCACUAUAAUCCAUAUCUUGAUAAUUAUGGUUGUUUUACUAAAAUGGUUACACGUAAUAACUGUUAUGCGUAUGAUAUUGUUACAAAUACAUUUCCUCAACCAGGUCGAGGUAGUGGUAAACAAUGGAAAAAUUUUACAUGUGCUAAUGUCGGUAAAACUUCAGAAAAUGAUGGUUUAUUAAAUAAUAUUGGUAAAAUAAAUGAGGGCGGACAUUAUGUAGCACUACUUAUAUGGCCUAAUAAUGAUUUUCACUGGGUUAGAAAGGAUUCAAAUGAUUAUUGGUCACAUAAACCGGGAUCAACACCAAUUCGUAAUCGUGAUAGCAGAGGUAAUCCUAUACGUAAUCCAUCGAAUGCUAAUUUUUAUCCAUAUACAAUAUUUUGUUCAUAUUAUAUAGCACGACCAUCGAAACUUAAAAUUAAAUAA